GGUCACAAAUAGUGGUCUGGGUGAGUUACGAGUCACGAAAUGUAGAAAAUUGUGUUUAUUUUGAUGUAAAAUUGAAUUUUGGUUUUGCGAUUUAAAUUUAGCGCUUUUUCUUCAACCAGUGGUUCAUAAUCAUUAGUGUGAUACAACGUUAAAAAAGCCCCAAAAAAUAACAAAUUUUCGUUACAAACUAUUAAUUACUAUGGUGUAACCACAAGUGGUUACAAUUCUCUUUAACUGUAGUUAUUUUGUUACAAAUUAUUAUUUUAAAUGGUGGCUAUAAAGUACCGCUGAAGUGUGAAAAUCCCUAACCUCAAACUUGAUUCUUGCAAAAUGCCCCUAAUUGUGAUAACUGGGGUCCCCUGUAGCGGCAAAACUACUCGUUGUAAAGAAUUGAAACAGUUUUUUGAAAAUAUCGGUAAAGAAGUGCACGUUGUUAGUGAAUACGACCAAAUUGUGAAAGCGAAUUUUGAGAAAAACAGUUUUUUUUCAGAUGCCGCCGCUGAAAAACACAUACGCAGCUUGCUCAAAUCUGAGGUUUUGAGACUGAUAACCCCAAAAAAUGUUGUUAUACUUGACGCCUUGAAUUACAUCAAAGGUUUCAGGUAUGAGUUGUAUUGUGGCUCAAAGGCCAACAAAAAUACGCAAUGUACGAUUCACACUGAAAUAAACCGAGAUGAGGCUUGGAAAUUUAACGAAAAUAGACCAGAAUUGGAGAAAUACAACAGAGACACUUUCGAUGCCCUUGUGAUGCGGUUUGAGGACCCCGACGGGAAAAAUCGCUGGGAUUCACCCUUAUUUGUGGUUUUCCCCGGACAAGAAUUAGACAAAAAUGCCGUAAAAUCGUGUUUGUUUGACUCAGAACCGGUCAUUCCAAACAUGUCAACUCAAAACCCCCCACUAAACUCCACAAAUUUCUUGUACGACUUGGACCAAGUCACGAAAAAAAUCACAGACGCGCUUGUCAAAAGCAAAAAUAUGGGGGCACAAGGAAUGGUGAAAAUUGAAGACUUUCCGCACCUGUCUGUUGAUAUUUCUAACGCCACGGCGCAAAAAUUGACGAUUUUAAGGAGACAAUAUUUAAGUUAUUGCAAGCUUCACCCCCCGGACACGAAGCAAAUACCCCAAUUAUUCGUACAAUAUUUAAUAACGAGCUUGCAAUAAAAAAC